UAAAGUUUAAAUAGUUUGGAUUUUGUGUAAUUCUUAUUUUCUCAGUGUGGAAAAUCUUUUUUUUAUUUUAAAAGUUUGUUAUUCUUUGCAAUGGUGGUUUAGUGUGCAACUAUUAUUGAAACUACUACAGUCUUCCUCAAGUGCUUGGUUGUCUUUUCAGAAAGUCUGAAUAGUUUUGGCACCCUUUAAUUUCUAUUUUUCAGACUGGAAUAAAGGUUUCCAUCGUAUUAUAUUCUGGUACACAUAUUUGUAAUUCAUUGUGAUGGUGGUUUAGCCUGCAUUUGCCUGGUUCUGGCACCUUUUUUUAAGACAUGCAACGCUACCGCCACUACGGCUCCUCCUCACCUCCUGUAGAGGAGAUCAAUGCUGAAAACGAGGAGGAGGAGGUGGAGGAGGACGAGGUGUACACUGAAGAAGAGGAGCCACUGAUAGGUUUAUCAGAGGAAGAGGAGGAGAUCCAAGAGACAGGGAGCGUUAAAGAGGAAGAGGCCCCUCAGAUGGAAGUGGAGGUGCAGCCUGUUGUUCAGGAGACAGAAGGAAAGUCAGUGCCAGUGGAUAGCAAGAAUGGAAAGAGGACGGAGAGAGGAUCAGGAGGAGAUGCAACAGCAGCAGCAGGAGGAGGAGGAGGAGGAGGAGGAGGAGGAGGAGGAGAAGGGGCUAAGUACUCCAUGUUCACCUGGUUUGUAGUCCUCGCCCUGCUGGGAGUCUGGAGCUCCGUGGCCGUCGUCUACUUCGAUGUUGUGGACUACGACAGUGUCAUUGCCAGAGCGAAGGAGUUUCGCUUUAACUUUUCAGAAGUUUUGCAAGGCAAACUGACGGCCUACGACACUGACGGGGACGGAGACUUUGACGUGGAGGAUGCUAAAGUUCUUCUCGAUGAAAAGAAGUUAAAAGUUCCUUCUCCCAGGAAAGAGGACAGGAAAGAGGGGAGGAAGAGGGGUAAAAGUAAAGAAGAGAAGACUUUAGAAGACACUGAUCCAGAGAUUAAACUCCCAAAAGCUGAAGCAGAGAAGAAAGAUGCUCGAGAAAACACAACCAGAGCCCGGCCCAUCAGAGGAGCCAUGCUACGCUCUGCUCUGAAGGAAGAGCUAAGGAUGAUCCACGAGAAGAUCGAGGCCAAAAGGAUCGCCCGGAUGGCAAUGGCUGAGAUCAAGGCCUUCCUUGCUGAGGAAGAAGAGGAACAUGAGAAGGCCUGGGCGCUGAAGACGAAGACGCUGGAGGAAGCACAGAAGCACCUAAUGGAGGUGAAGGAGAGGAUGGAAAAAGAGAAGCAAAAAAUUGAGAGAUUGGCCAAAGAAGAGAGGGAACGACUAAAUCAAGAGAGGGCAGAGAUGGAAAAUAUGGAGAAAGAGCGCCUAGCUAGGGAACGAGAGAGGAUGGAGAAGGAAAAAGCGGAGAGGGAACAACAGGAGAAAGUUAGAGUGGAAAGAGAGAGGGCUGAAAAGGAGAGGAUGGAGAGGGAGCGAAUCGCAAAAGAGAGAGAAAGAAUAGCCAGAGAGAAGGAACAGUUAGAGAAGGAGAGACUUGAGAAGGAGAAGAUCGCUAAAGAGAAAGCGGAAAAAGAAAGGCUGGAAAGGGAACGCAUCGCUAAGGAAAGCGCUGAAAAAGAGAGGCUCGAGAGGGAAAGCCUCGUUAAAGAAAAAGAGAGACUGGAAAGGGAACGCAUCGCUAGAGAAAAAGCAGAAAAAGAGAGACUGGAGAGGGAAAGUCUUGUUAAAGAAAAAGAAAGGAUAGAAAGGGAACGCAUCGCCACAGAACGAGCCGAAAAAGAGAGGCUGGAGAGGGAAAGCCUUGUUAAAGAAAAAGAAAGGAUAGAAAUGGAACGCAUCGCCACAGAACGAGCC